GUUCUAGUUGAGGUCGUCGUUGGACUAGAUUACGUUUUUUUCUACCUUGGGGUUUGGCGUUUUUUCUCUUUUCGAAGAUGACAUUCGUGUCAAAAGGGACCCCUCUGACGACUUGGUUUCGUACCCCCUCCUUUCCAAACUUGAGUGACAAAGAAUCAACCAGGAUUGGAUUUUUCCUCUGCGUGCGCACGGAUGAAUCAUCCAGCCCCUUAUGAUCUAGAUUGACGAACGUCGAGGGUCACGAUCGCGCGGCGCAGCGCACCUAUAUAAAGCGCGGCAACUUUCUGGAACACCCAAAACACAUCGACCAAGAGCGAGAGUUUUCUGCAUUGCAACACUAGAAGAAAAGGAAUCAAAAACAAGCCAACCAACGCCAAGAGAAUCCCUCCACAGCGCAGCGUAAAAGUGCCACAAGAUUCCGUGAUGGAAAGGUCCGUUAGAUUCGCCGUGGUGUGCGUCUGCGUCUCCGUGCUCAUCUCGUGCCAUCCCAUCGAGGCUUGGUACAAGCAGUCGACCGGCCCAAGCUACUACUCGGUCGGGAGAGCCUCGGGAUUGCUCUCCGGUAUCCGUAGGUCGCCCUACGCCCGGAGGUCCGAGUCUGAGGAGACGGUGAUGGACAGCGGGGAGACAACCGGGAACAACGUGGUCAAUGAAGGCAGUCGUCAGACUCCCGUGCUCAAAAAUAUGGCUAUCUGUGUGAAAGACAUCUCACCCAACUUGAAGAGCUGCGAGCUUCUCCGGGACGGCACAGGCACGUUCCGGUGCAGCGCGGAUGUCUUCCUCACCCUUGACUCGCUGGACUGCCUGGCCGCGUGAGCCCUGCAGCGAGCUGCGCCCGCGGGGCUAAAGAUCAUUCUCCCGCCUAAACAGGAGAGUUCUGCGCCCGCGGGAAGUUAAAGAAACGAUGAUAAUGGACCGUUAAUGACAUUGAAUGUCCUUUCUCUCAUUUUCAAAGCGAUGUGAAGAUCCUUGUUUGUUAAACUGCGUUAAAAAAAAGAAAUGGAAACCAACAAAAAAUUUAAAGUGCGGUGUGUGAGAGUUGUUUGUAUUCAUUUCCGUUUUCACUUCUAAAUCCAUGCCGAUGCCGAUUCCUCACCUGUAGUUAAUAGUCUCCCACGUUGCCAAAUGUAGUAAGUGUCUAUAAACUGUUGACUGCUAUGCAGCAUUUAAAGUACUUUUAUUUAUUUUAUCUAUUAAAAAUGAACAAAUACUAUUAACUUUGUUAAGUUAUU